AUUCCAUAGCUAAAAAAUCUAUUUUAUUAACAUUUCUUGAAAAUAGGCUAAGUUGACUGGAAACAAAGGACUGAUUUGAUACAAAUUUUAAAAGAUGAAAAUUAAACCAGGUUUUUUAUAUCAAAUUUCUUAACAGCAACAAGUUGAAUUGUGGUGAGUAUUUAAAAUUUACAAGUUGAAGCAGUAAAUAUAUCAAUAUGAUUAGUAAAUGAACUGAGAAACAGCCAACUGUAGCUAUAUUAUGUAAAUUAUCAGUGAAAGUAAUAAAAAGGAGAGUCAAAUGUCAAUCAUCACUUUUUAUCAUCUAUUAAUCCAAUCUAGUUGAUUCAGCUAUUUUCCUCCUCCUUUUAACCUCCUCUUCCUCCUCUCCCUCCACCUUAAUCAUUAUCUUAGCAUUUUGAUUAAGUCUCUAAUUGUUGCGACGCGAAAAAUUGAAAAAUAAUUUACCCAAAGAGUCGUGUUUCAACAUUGUGUUAUUCUGAUGUUCAUCAAUUUCAACAUUAUCAGAUUAUCAACAUCAACAUCAGUUUCAUCUUAUUCUUUGUCGCUAGCAAGUCACAAUCAAGUGUUAAAUCAAAACCGAGAGUCAAAUUAAGUCUCAAUCAUUGUGCAUAACCGGGCUUCAUUUUUAUUGAUAUCAUUGUUGGUUCACUUGUGUUCAUUAAUUAACUUCAAUUCCUCUUUACCUAAAUAUAUUUAUGAUAAAUCAAUAGUUGAUUCCUUUAAAUCUUUGGUUUGCCACUUAAUUGUGUCAAUCAAUUGAUUUUCUUAGCCAUUUUCUGAGUUGUUUUCACUUCAACAUCAACAUCAAUCCAACUCUUUUAUAUUUUUAUAUUGAUAAGCCACCAACGGCAAUUCAACUUAAUUAAAGCAUUUAAAUUCACGUGCCUUAACUCAUCAACUAUUUAAAUUCAAGAUGGCCAAUUCAGUUUGGGUGAUGAUAAAAAUUCCUGCUAAAACACCAGAGUUAAACAAUCAAAUCAUCGAUUCCAAAAAAUCUAACACCAAUUCAGGUAGGUUAAAGGAAACGAGCAAUUAUCUGGCUCCACCUGGUAUCGAGGAAAAGAAAAAAGAGCCUAUUGAACCUUCAAUUCAAACGAUUUUAGAGAAAACAUUGGAAGAAUUGGAAAUUAACAAUGCUGUUUGGAUUAAAAAUACAGAUGGUACCUUUUUUCAUGUCUAUUUCGCUUGUGAUGUUGAUGACAGCGAUUCCAUCAUUCACCAUAUGCAAAUCCAAGGGAUUGGAAGUCUUCCUCAAACAUUUAUCGGAAUAAUUCCGUUUACUCUCGCUUACCAAUCUGAGGAAGAUGCUGAUGUUUUCUUGGAUGAUACAACCGAUCAAGUUGAUUCUGAUACAACUAAAAAACAAAGCAGUUUCAAAGCUAUGCAAGAAAAGUUGUUGAAAUCAGUUACAGCUCGGUUAACUGUGGCUCAAGUUGUGGCAAGUGUCCAAUCAAAUUCUGAAUUGACUUUUGAUUUUGUAUGUUACGUACUUUGUGCCGCCUGGUUAGCUGCGUUAGGGUUGAUGGAAUCAGAUGUAGUUACUUUGGUUGCAUCUAUGUUGGUAUCACCUCUUAUGGGUCCAGUAAUGGCUAUGACUUUUGGUUUAAUUGUCAGAGAUCAACAACUUCGGAAUCUUGGAGUCCGAAAUGCUAUCAUUGGAUUUGCCUUGACUAUUGUUUUCGGCUUCUUUUAUGGCUGUAUUGUGCUGAAUUUUGCUCAUGAAUAUAAUCCAACAACAGUAUGGCCUUCUCAAGCUAUGAGAAGUCGAGGACAGUUACGGGCUUUAUGGGUUGGUGCAUUAGUUGCUUUACCUUCAGGAGCUGCAGUCGCUGUCUCAUUAUUAUCUGGAAAUCAAGCUUCACUCGUUGGAGUCGCUAUUUCAGCUUCUUUACUUCCUCCAUGUGUAAACGCAGGUCUUUUAUGGGCCUUUUCUACCAUCAAAGCAAUCAAAUCAUUAAGCGAAGAUUGGAUUAAUGUUAACAAUGUAACUUUCACGAAACCUUCCCUUGUUUUGGAUCCAAGUUAUGAAGUUUCUUAUUCUACUAAUUUCUCAUAUGAAUGCUUCUGGCUUGGGUUAGGAAGUUUAGGCUUGGCUUCAGUAAAUGUUGCUUGCAUUCUUCUCAUGUCAUGGAUAUUGUUAAAGAUUAAAGAAGUUUCGCCUGUUGAUGAAAAAUCAUCACCAACUUCACGUUUCUGGAAAGAAGAUGUAAAAAUUGUCCGAGAAUACAAUAAAACAGUACGAGAAAGAAAACGUUCAUUACAUCAAGAUUUCUUACAAGAAUGGGCCGAAAUGAACGGUUUAGAUCCUCAGGAACUAUUGAGUGAAAAUCCGGAAGCUAGAGCAGUACAGAUGGCAACGUUAAGAGAUAUGGUGAAAGAUGUCGAAGAGGAUGAAGUUUUCCAACAGAUUCUAAUGAACACAAGGCCAAAUGCGGAUUAUAUAAGGAAAGUGAGUAUGGCUACAAUCGAACCAUUGCGAUUCGAUGGAACAAAAAACAAAAGUGCCUCAAAUGUUUCCAUUGACAUGGAAAAUCGUGAUUUGAAAUUUCAAAGACGCUCAAUUGCUCUUCCAUCGCCUUCGGCAAGAUCUUUUCUUGGAAAUCAGACUGGAGACCUGUCACCUCACAAUUCGCGUAGAGGAACCAGAAGUGCUAAAAACUCUGUCAGCACUCUUUCAAUGUUGAAUCAACCAACUACAGAGACUGGUAAUCUUCAAAGGAGACAAAGCACUGCCUUGCUGAGAAAAUCUCUGAGAAAUUCUGACCAUUCUCCUUAUAGUCUUUGGCCUCGAAGAAGCUCAGAAGCACAUCGAAUGAUGGCUGUUCCACCAGGCCAUGAUUUCGGUAGAAGAAGUCGCAAAAUCCGUUCAACUGGAGAGUUUUCCGACCACGAUUGAUUAUGACUUAGUUUACAUUAUGAAAAUUUUUGAAAAUAAUUUGAAUUAGAGAAGUGAAGAGGAUUUCAUGAUCAACUUUCUUAUCCAAAAUCAUUGAUUUCACUCUCGUUAUAUUCCUAUCAUUAUUAUCGUUGUCGCUAACUGACGCACAAAUUAAUUUUAUUAAAUUAGCAAAAUGUAGAUUUGCUUGCGAUAGAGGACAGCAUUAACUAUUCAAUCUACCCAAUUGAAAGCUGUUAAACAGUAACCCAUUUUUUGUCAACAAUUAUUCAUGAAUAAAAGAUGCAAAAGUUGAUGAAAAACAAA